CACACAGCCCGCGCGAUGUUACAACGGAGGAGGGCGCAGGCGAGCUCGGCUAGCCGGGCGGGUCGACUGCUGCAGCGGUUCCGCUCGGACCCCGGCCCAGCGUCUGGCCUCGCGAUGGAAGCUGUUGUGCCGGCGCUGAGCAAGUCAGCAUCCUCGAAGGACCGACAUUCCUGAAAUCCGAGAAAAGCCCUACACACUCUUUGCUUCGCUUUGGGGGGUCACUGCUGCCUGUCGGGUCCUCAGCCCUGUAGUGGCAGCCUAGUUCAACAAAGAAACAGGACAAUGAUACUGACAUUUGUGCUGGGCAGCGGCCCUUGGAGAGGGCCUUCACUCCGGCCCCUCUUGGGGUCCUCACUGUCACUCAGGACUCGCUCAACAUCAGCCACCGAUACACACCAUGUAGAGCUGGCCAGGGAACGCUCCAAGACUGUCACCUCCUUUUACAACCAGUCAGCCAUUGACGUGGCAGCAGAGAAGCCCUCAGUCCGCCUCACUCCCACCAUGAUGCUCUAUUCUGGCCGCUCACAGGACGGCAGCCACCUUCUGAAAAGUGGCCGCUACUUGCAGCAAGAGUUACCAGUGAGGAUUGCUCACCGCAUCAAGGGCUUCCGUAGCCUUCCUUUCAUCAUUGGUUGCAAUCCCACCAUACUGCACGUGCAUGAGCUAUAUAUCCGGGCCUUCCAGAAGCUGACAGACUUCCCUCCGAUCAAGGACCAGGCAGAUGAGGCCCGGUACUGCCAGCUGGUGCGACAGCUGCUAGAUGACCACAAGGAUGUGGUCACCCUGUUAGCCGAGGGGCUUCGCGAGAGCCGGAAACACAUAGAGGAUGAAAAGCUGGUCCGGUACUUCCUGGACAAGACUCUGACUUCGAGACUUGGGAUCCGCAUGCUGGCUACCCAUCACCUGGCACUGCAUGAAGACAAGCCUGAUUUUGUUGGCAUUAUCUGUACUCGUCUGUCACCAAAGAAGAUUAUCGAAAAAUGGGUGGAUUUUGCCAGACGCCUGUGUGAGCACAAGUAUGGCAAUGCCCCUCGAGUCCGCAUCAAUGGACAUGUGGCUGCCCGCUUUCCCUUCAUACCCAUGCCGCUGGAUUAUAUCCUGCCUGAGCUGCUCAAGAAUGCCAUGAGAGCCACAAUGGAGAGUCACUUAGAUACUCCGUACAAUGUUCCUGAUGUGGUCAUCACCAUCGCCAAUAAUGAUAUUGAUCUCAUCAUCAGGAUUUCAGACCGGGGUGGAGGAAUUGCUCACAAAGACCUAGAUCGAGUCAUGGACUACCACUUCACCACAGCCGAGGCCAGCACCCAGGACCCCCGAAUCAGCCCCCUCUUCGGCCACCUGGAUAUGCACAGUGGCGGCCAGUCAGGACCUAUGCAUGGCUUUGGCUUCGGGCUGCCCACGUCCAGGGCCUAUGCGGAAUAUCUCGGUGGCUCCCUGCAGCUGCAGUCUCUGCAGGGCAUUGGCACAGAUGUCUACCUGCGGCUCCGCCACAUUGAUGGCCGGGAGGAAAGCUUCAGAAUCUGACUGCGGAUUUUGGCCUCCCAGCCUGCCACACUCCUAGGACCUUCUGGGCCUGGUGGGGCCACUAAGCGCCACACACUGCUGCUCUGUGGAACUUAGGGCCUCAGACAGGUGGACUUACACGGAGCUGGGUACCACUCCUCCUCAGCGGGGCCCACCGCUUCCUACCUCCACAUCUUGGAGGGGAGGAAGCAGGAACCCUGGAGGCCUCUAAUACCAGCUCUGCUGUUCUCACUCUUGAGGAAUCCUUAUUUGACCUGCUGUUUAUUAAAGUUUGCAUUUUGAAUGCCCUCAUGGGCCCCAAAUGUUAGGAGGGCAGGUGAGCUUUUGUUUCCGACCCUUUUGGGUUCCCUAGGCCCUGGGAAUUAACCUGGUCAUGUCCCAGCCUCUUGGUAGCCUGGCACCCCGGCAGGAGGACGACUGGCCCCAAGGAUCCUGCCUGUUUGAUUUGGCAGGAGUGGGGGUGACUUUGGCAGCUUCUGCUCAUUGGACAAACCUUUCUGGGUCCCAGACGAUAUUAGAGGCCCAAAUGGAACUUUUCCCUUCCUGGCAGUCACGGAGUCUAGAGGUGAAGGUCACUAGACUGGGCAACCUUUUAAGCCACCUGAUUCCUGAGCUUGAGGUUAAAAAUACUACCUGCCAACCAUGUCUGCUGUGUCUGCAAAAAGAAAUGCCUAAGGUUAUGCGGAGACCACCUCACCCAGAUCAAGGAAAGUCCUCUUGGGAGGACUGAGGACCUGGGCAGAAAGCACGCGAGCAGAACCGCGUGGAGUGGAACUUCAAAUGGAAUUUCAGUAGAAGCCACCUUCCUCUCCUUGUUUAGGACCUGAGAGCUUGCCUGGUGGGACUGCAUAGAAGAAUCAGAUCUUUUUGUUUGCUGGGGUUUUUUGUUGUUUGGUUUUGAGUCAGGGUUUCCUAUAGCCCAAGCUGGCUUUGCAGUUGCUACUAGUCAAGGGUGACCCUGAACCUCUGAUCUUCACCAAGGAAAUAGUCAUCUAAUAUCGCACCUAUUUUUAUGCUGUGCUGGGAACAGAACGCAGAGCUUCUUGCAUACUAGACAAACACUCUUCCAAGUGAGUCACAUCCCCAUGCCCAGACUUUUCUUCUUUGAGACUGCUUCUCUGUAGCUGGCUUCAAACUUGACUUCCAGACCAGGCUGGCCUUGAACUUGCUGCAGUCUCUCCCACCUCUGCCUCCUAAGUGCUGGGACAGAUCCAUCUCUCUCUUUUUUUUUUCCUAAAGAUUUAUUUAUUAUGUAUACAGUGUUCGGCCUGCGGGCCAGAAGAGGACACCAGAUCUCAUUAUAGAUGGCUGUGAGCCAUCACGUGGUCACUGGGAAUUGAACCCAGGACCUUUGGAAGAGCGCCAAUGCUCUUAACUUCCGAGCCAUCUCUCCAUCCUCAGACCCACCUCUCGAGCUCAUCUCUGAUUCCUGACAGUUCUCUUCCUGAGGGUGGUUGUGGGUCAGUACCAUCUCCUACCUCCUGGGUCAAACUGUUGGGUUGAGGGGAAACAGGAAAUUGUAUUUGGGGGCUAACUGGCAGGAAGCUACAAUGCCUUGCUACACUGAAGAUUCUGCUGGCUGCCAGAGGUAGGCAGCAGCCAAUGUGCAGUGCUUGGAGCAUGGGCCUUACCCUGAGGCAGUACGGCUCCAAGGAUGGGUUUUAAGACGAGAAGGGAUGAUUCAGGUUGGAUUCUUUUUAUUUUUAAAGAUUUAGUGUGCCGGGUGGUAGUGGCACAUGCCUUUAAUCCCAGCACUAGGGAGGCAGAGGCAGAGGCAGGCGGAUCUCUGUGAGUUCGAGGCCAACCUGGUCUAAAAGAGCUAGUUCCAGGCAGGCACCAAAAGUUACAGAGAAGCCCUGUCAAAAAAAAAAAAGAUUUAUUUAUUUUAUUAUGUAUACACCGUUAUGUCUGCAUGUUUGUCUGCACGCCAGAAGAGGGCAUCAGAUCUCAUUGUAGAUGGCUGUGUGCCACUAUGUGGUUGCUAGGAAUUGAACUCAGGAUUUCUGGAAGAGCUAUCGAUUCUCUUAACCUCUGAGACAUCUCUCCAGCCCAGGUUGGAUUCUUUAGGAGCUGAUCCUGAGGAAGAUUUGUGUCUAAAUAAUUAGUUAAAGUGGUCCCAGGGCUGAAGAACUAUAAUGUCCUCAGUUCCAUCCUGUGUGUGUGUGUGUGUGUGUGUAUGUGUGGAGGGGGGGCAACUUCCAAAAGCAAGUAGGGGAAGCAAGUGAUCUUAAUACAAAGUCCAGAGCUGGUCCACUGUUCUUCAGAGCAGACCCGAGAGAGUUAAGCUCCAUGGUAACCGAUUCCCUCACUUGACAAUCCCUGUUCUGGUAUGUGGAGAUGAGGAAGUAUCUAAAUUCCUAGACUCUUAGCCGAAGGUGGUGGUCCACACCUUUAAUCCUAGUACUCAGGAAGCAGAGGCAGGCAGAUCUCUGUGAGUUUGAGACCAGCCUGGUCUACAGAGUGAGUUCCAGGACAGCCAUACCUGUUACACAGAGAAACCAUGUCUCCAAAAAACAAAAACAAGCUGGGUGGUGGUGGCGCAUGCCUUUAAUCCCAGCAUUCAGGAGGCAGAGGCACGCAAAUCUCUGAGUUCGAGGCCAGCCUGGUCUACAGAGUGAGUUCCAGGACAGCUAGGGCUACACAGAGAAACCCUGUCUCGAAAUAAAAAAAUAAAUAAAAUUAAAAAAAAAAAACAAGAAAACAAGACUCGUUCACCUAUUCAGGCAGAAUCACACCUGUGGUCCUGGCACCUGGGGUACUUAAAGAAGGAUCCUGAUUUCAAAGCCAAGUCUACUUGGCAGAGCCCUGUCUCAACAAAUCCUUUAGGCAGUUGUCAAUUAUGUUCUAGUCUUUGAAAGUAUAUAGACAUGAUACAUACAGAGAAAUAACAGAUCUCAACAGCAGGAACAAAAAAGGGUCUGGGCCCAGGGAGAUGGCUCAGCAGGUAAAAGCACUUGCUGCUGAGUGUGCCCGCAGAACUCAUGGCAGAAGGUGAGCUGAGUCCUGAAACGUCCUCUCACCUGCCUGCAGGUGCGUCCGUGCUCAUACACCUGAUGGUAAGGGGUGGCCCAAGUGCAGUCCCCACACAGUUCUAGGAUUUGCAUGUUAGCAUCACGGCGGACACUGGCAUGAAGGCAGCAUGGGGUGUGAGUGUGCUCGGAUCUGAUCGGUGGAUUACUGUGCAUAGGCUAAUCCUUACUUAGGACAUCGUCGGGAACUCAAGAUGUCAGGUGAAGUAUUACAUGAGGUAACAGAAACCUGGGCAAAUGCAACAGCAAUCCUGAAAAGGGUUGUAUAGUUGUUUUGGUUUUUUUUCCUCUUUGGGGGCUUGCUAUCCAGAUCCCAAAUAAACACAUGGAAUCUUAUUCUUAUGAAUGACUGGCCUUGGCUUG